CAGCAGCAGUCUCUUCCCAUGGAUCCGCUGCACGUGGCCCCCUCAGGCCCUCGGAAGAAGAGACCCAGGCAGCUGGGUGCCUCAAUGGCCUCCCCUUCUUAUGACAUCAAGUUUGGAGAUUUGGUCCUCUUCAUUUUGGAGAAGAAAAUGGGAACCACCCGCAGAACCUUCCUCAUGGAGCUGGCUCGAAGGAAAGGAUUCAGGGUUGAAAACGAGCUCAGUGAUUCUGUCACCCACAUUGUGGCAGAAAACAACUCUGGUUCAGAGGUUCUUGACUGGCUUCAGGUACAGAACGUAAGAGCCAGCUCACAGCUAGAACUCCUCGACGUCUCCUGGCUGAUAGAAAGUAUGGGAGCAGGAAAACCGGUGGAGAUUACAGAAAAACACCAGCUUGUUGUGAGAACAGACUAUUCAGCUACUCCCAACCCGGGCUUCCAGACGACUCCACCACUUGCUGUAAAAAAGAUCUCUCAGUACGCGUGUCAGAGAAGAACCACUUUAAACAACCGGAACCACAUAUUCACGGAUGCCUUUGAGGUAUUGGCUGAAAAUUAUGAGUUUAAAGAAAAUGAAGUCUUUUGUCUGGAAUUUACUAGAGCAGCUUCUGUACUUAAAUCUCUGCCAUUCACAAUCAUCAGUAUGAGGGACACAGAAGGAAUUCCCUGCCUGGGGGACAGAGUGAAGUGUGUCAUAGAGGAAAUUAUUGAAGAUGGAGAAAGUUCUGAAGUUAAAGCUGUGUUAAACGAUGAACGAUAUCAGUCCUUCAAACUCUUUACUUCUAUAUUUGGAGUGGGACUGAAGACAUCUGAGAAAUGGUUCAGGAUGGGGUUCAGAUCUCUGAGUAAAAUAAGGUCGGACAAAACCUUGAAAUUCACAAGAAUGCAGAAAGCAGGAUUCCUCUAUUAUGAAGACCUUGUCAGCUGUGUGACCAGGGCCGAAGCAGAGGCAGUCGGUGUGCUGGUUAAAGAGGCCGUCUGGGCAUUUAUGCCUGAUGCCUUCGUCACCAUGACGGGAGGAUUCCGGAGGCGUAAGAAGACUGGGCAUGAUGUCGAUUUUUUAAUUACCAGCCCAGGAUCGACAGAGGAUGAAGAGCAACAACUUUUGCCGAAAGUGAUAAACUUAUGGGAAAGAAAGGGAUUACUUUUAUACUGUGACCUUGUGGAGUCGACAUUUGAAAAGUUCAAGGGGCCAAGCAGACAAGUGGAUGCUUUAGAUCAUUUUCAAAAAUGCUUUCUGAUUUUAAAAUUGCACCAUCAGAGAGUGGACAGUGACAAGUCCAUCCAACAGGAAGGAAAGACCUGGAAGGCCAUCCGUGUGGACCUGGUCAUGUGCCCCUACGAGCAAUAUGCCUUUGCCCUGCUGGGCUGGACUGGCUCCCGGCAGUUUGAGAGAGACCUCCGGCGCUAUGCUACACACGACCGGAAGAUGGUGCUGGAUAACCACGCUCUAUAUGACAAGACCAAGAGGAUGUUUCUCAAAGCAGGAAGUGAAGAAGAAAUCUUUGCACAUCUGGGAUUGGAUUACAUCGAACCAUGGGAAAGAAAUGCUUAG